CACCCCAAAUACCUAUCAUACACGCGCCAUAGUGCAUAGUGUGCGCCAGUCGAGCGAGUAGCUGCGCUGUAAAUAUCGCCUUCAGACACACAGUUUGUUGAAUUGAUCUUGUUAUUCCCCCGACUCGAGCCUCCUCACUUCGAAACACCCUUUUCAAACCGUUUCUUGGUUCCUAGGCGUCUCCUUCGAGUUUCUUAAGGAUAGCGCCACAGGCACGUAAUAGUAGGCACGGAGCGGCUAAUCCAGAGCGACGCCUUCGCGUCAGGGCCAUAUUGGCUGGAGCGAUAAGGCAUGGCCACGUGGACCUGAGUCAGCAUGAGAAAUCGGGAUCGGCCCAGCCACGGUAGCAGUGUCCAUCUGUGGAGCAGCUACAGCGCCAUGUUCUCCUCAUCGCUUACUUCUUUCCUUUAACACAGCCGCCCGUUCGUUACGCCGAGGACCGAGCGCCCCACUACCGGCACCCUACGCACCGAGCGUGCGUCUCCGUCCGCCCGAUGCGUCGCGGGAUGGACGCUUGAGAAGGACCGCAUCAGCAACGCGACGCACCCUGUCGCUUCACCCUGACUAAACUGGAUCUCGUCGCGGUCGGUGCUCGCGCGACGCACCCUGUCGCGCAGUCGCAGCUUCUAUCGCUGCGGGCCUUACCGUCGUUCGUUAAUCGUCGCCGAUCAGUGGCGCUAGUGGCUGCUGUAGUGGUGCGCCAUGGAUUCGGCAGAGCCCGCGUCAGCCUCACCCAGAGGUGGGAGCGAUGUCGCUGGGAGGGCGUGCCGCGCAAAAUCGAGCAUAGAAACGAGUAUAAAUGGCGGUAGCACGUGCGAUACGGCAGACGGCGCGAAAGAUAUGUCAAUGGGCCGCGGAGAUGGCGAAUUGCAGCAGAGAGCCGAGAGCAGAAUACGGGCGGAGAGAGAGGAAUCAGGUGUGGGGUUAGCGGCAGUUCUCCGCGGCGCGGGUGUGUCGGCGGGCGCGCUGGUGAUGCCGUCCGUGGCGCACGCGCUGCGCGCGGAGCUGGUGCCGAGAGCGGGGGGAGCCGUGGCUGCCAGCGCUGAUGGGAUCGCAUUACAUACCGGGGUCGCAGUAGCGCCUGCCGCCCGGCCAGAGGCGGACUCUCCGCACGUUCGACGCCCCGCCGCUUCCGCCGCCGCCCCCGUGUCUUCCGCUCGACCCCCCGCUGUGGCCUCCGCGGCGUCAGCGGAGCUGCAGGAGGGAGACAAGCGGGGCGCGGGCGGAGCGACGGUGAUGGGGCUGCAGCAAGUGCAGCAGGGGCUGCGGGGGGAGGGGCUGCGGGGGGAAGGAUUGGGGCACGGGCAUGGGCAUGGGCAUGGGCGUGGGCAUGGGCGUGGGCAUGAGGAGGACGGGUUAGAGGACGAUGAAGAAAUGGCGGCGGCAGCGGCGGCGGCGGCGGCGUAUAAGCAGCGGAUGCGGCGGGCGGGGCAGAUCAGCACUGUGGGGCAGCUGGUGGCGGGGGGCAUUGCGGGCGCCGUGAGCAAGACGUGCACGGCGCCCCUGGCGCGACUGACGAUCCUGUUUCAGGUGCAAGGCAUGCACGACGCGACGGCGGCGCGGCGGCGGCCGUCGAUAUUCGGGGAGGCGCGGCGCAUUGUGGCGGAGGAGGGCGUGCUGGCGUUUUGGAAGGGCAACACCGUCACCAUCGUGCACCGCCUGCCCUACUCCGCCAUCAACUUCUUCGCCUACGAGAGCUACAAAUCCAUGCUGGAGACCAUGGCAGCCAAGUCCUUCCCCAGCCCCGACCUCUCGCACGCCCACACGCAGCAUGCCCUGCAACCAAACCAACCACUGCAGCAGCAGCAGCACCAGCACCAUCAGCAGCAGCAGCAGCAGCAGCAGCAGCAGCAGCAGCAGCAGGAGCAGGGGUGGCAGGCGGCACGGAGGGGCGUGGUGGACAUGGGAGUGAAGUUCCUGGCGGGCGGGGGGGCGGGGUGCACGGCGGCCACCAUCACGUACCCUCUGGACCUCGUGCGCACACGGCUGGCUGCACAGACCAAGUCGCGGUACUACAAGGGCAUCUUCGGCACGUUGGGCACCAUUGUGCGCGACGAGGGCAUGCUGGGGCUCUACAAGGGCAUGGGGGCCACGCUGCUGGGCGUGGGUCCCAAUCUCGCCAUCAACUUCUGUGUGUACGAGACGGUCAAGGCCAACUGGGUGCGCCGCCACCCUGAGAUGCCCGUGCCUCUCGUGUCGCUCGGCUGUGGCAGCCUUGCUGGAAUUUGCUCAUCCUCAGCCACUUUCCCCCUGGACCUGGUGCGGCGGCGCAUGCAGCUGGAAGGCGCGGGGGGGCGGCAGCCGUCGCAGCGGCGCACGAUCCCGCAGAUGCUGGCACAUGUGAUCCGCACGGAGGGGUGGCACGCGCUGUACCGCGGCAUCGUGCCCGAGUACGCCAAGGUGGUGCCGGGGGUGAGCAUCGCCUUCAUGACGUACGAGUUCAUGAAGAGGAUGCUGCGCCCCAGGGACAGCUUCCUAGACUGACUUGGAGGAUGGGGGUGUGGAGGAAGGGGCGACGGGGCGGCCGGGCUGAGGGGGGGGGAGGGGGGCUCGCUCCUUCCAAUUGGGGCUGGGUGGCAGUGCGCUCCUGUGGAAAGGGCCAGCCAGGAGCGGUUAGUAUUGGGUGGAUAGAUGAGGCGAUUGUGAGCAGCAGCUGGGCAAUUUGCUGCUGCUGUUGGGGGUGGGGGUGGCUGCUGUGGACGAGGGUGCGGUGCGGGGGGGUUAGCCCUGUAUGAUUUGUGGGAUGAGGAAUGCAGGAUGAGGGAUGAGGUGCCAUCAGUGGUAGUCGGUGGGUCAAGGGCAAGGAUGCGUGACGGUGCCUGGGAUGACGACAGCAGCAAGUGCUGUUUCUCUGGGGUGGACAUGUAGGGUUCCGCUCCUGCCCUUCCCCUUCCAACACACACACAUUGUUCGCCAUCCACACAAAUUGAUGGAAAUACCCUGCCUCGACGCCUUAUGCAUGGCACUGGCUCCCUCUAUUGUUUUCUGAACGAUCUUACAGUAGCUGUAGCUCUGUGCAGUGUACUGAAGGAUAUUUGCUGUAGAAAAACCAUUAACUUGGGCGUGCUCCCACUGCCUCUUGCUAGAUACGCCUGCUGCUGACAUAUGUGCCUCGCUUCUUCCCUAUUUAGGAUCAUGUGUUGGACAUGCGUCAGCCGUGACAAUGGAUGACACUACCUCGUAAUGCAGAC